AUGGAUUACCAGGCCUUCAACGGCCAGCAGCCCUCGUUCGGCGGCUUCCCGUCGUCAGCGCCCUCCCCGCAGACCAGUCUCCCUCCGCAGGCGCAGGCGCAGGCGCAGGCGCAGGCACAGUUCCAGCAGGCCGGCCAGUCGUUCCCCUACAGCGGCCAGUUUGCGAACAACGGCCAAGGCUUCCCCAAUCCCGGGGGCGUGGUGGGCCAUGGAGCCGGUAGCAGCAGUGGCGCGCCGAUGAAUGGCAUGAUGCAGCAGCAGCCCAUGCAGCCCGGAGGCAUGCAACGAGGUGAGCGAUUCCCGCCCUCUCGUCUCGUGUUGCCCGAGCCUGUUCCCGACCACUCACUUGCGGAUCCUGUGCUGACACUGACGCGCCAUGGAGCCGCCGCGAUGCAGCAACAACAGCAGCAACAGCAGUACUCGACCGCGCCCUACUCCCAGGCCCUGCCCUCGCCUGCCCACCAGCAGUUUGCCCAGAACCGCCAGACCGCCUCGCCCGCAAGCAACGUAGGCCAGCCCUAUGCGACCCCCCACCUCCAGCACCCGCAACACCUCCAGCAGCAGUCGCCCGUGCCGUCCAACGGCCACCAGCAGCCCAUGGCCCAGAUCAAGCCCGAGCCCCCGCAGGCGCAGACGCCCGUCAAGACGGUCCCUCCUUCGCCUGUGUCGCCCGUCGCACAGGCGCGCAACCAGGAUAGGGUAGCCACGCUGCUCGAGAUCAACUCGAUCCUCAUCAAGGAGGUAUGCGACCUCCAGAGCCAGGGCAAGGCCGGCCAGGUCGGCCAGGCAGCGGACGGCAAGCCCGAGAGCGACAAGUCUCAGCCGUCCAAGGAAUACGUAGACUACAUGCGCCGUCUCCAAGCCAAUCUCGCCUUCCUCGCGCAGAACGCAGAGAAGAACCACAAGCCCGGCCAGCAACUCCAGCCCGGCCCGGCUAUCAUGUCCGUCCCCGCCGGCCCGCCCGAGGUCGUCAAGCUGUAUCAGAAACUCGUCGAGCUGUUCCCUGGCUGGAAGGGCCAGGCCGCGCAAAUGAAGCAGUCUCCCGGCCCCCAGCGCAUGAACUCCAACGCGUCGAUAGCUUCGCAACCGCCCAAUAGCGCGGGCCUGCAGCAGAAUUGGAGUCAGAAUGCCAUGGCCAACAUGCAGCAGGCCCAGGCCCAGGCAAAGAUUGACUAG